AGAAAAACAGUACAAAACAGCAGAAAGACGAACAGUAGGCCUAUAAUUAUUACAUAUAACAUUAAAGAACUUAAUUUGUGUCUGUAUGUUUCCGUGACUCUAUGCAUGCUUCGGUAACUGAUCAUUGUGUAAGAGUUCAUCAACUGUACUGAUAAAAUAAAAAAAAAGAGCUGACAGGAUGUGACUUGUGAAAUCUGCGUCUGAAGAGAUACAUGACCAUCACAGAAUAAACAUGGCGUAUAUAAAAAUGUGGAUAUUUUUAAACAUCCUGUCAUCUCUGCACUACUUCAUAACAGAUGUGUUUCCCUCAGCCUGUACUCCAUCAGACAGUGGUGUGACAAAGAUAACAGCUUUCUCAGGAGAGUCUGUGCUGCUGCCCUGCACUUGUACCAACACACAGGACAAGCCCAAGAGCUUCUUCUGGGAAACUAAAAGCAGGAGGGCUUCAAAAGAUGGCAUUUACAUUGAUAUAUUCAGUGUGUUUGAGCUGUACAGAAACAGAAUUACACUGUUCAAUCAGACUUCGCCAGGAAACGUCUCUCUGCUUCUGUCAGACCUGACUGAGGAUGACCAGGGGUCAUACGUCUGUUUGUUAGAAAAAACCUCCAGAUUCAUCGACGUCUUCAUUAAAAAGAGAAUUGAAAGUACACCAUUAUCUGAGACGAGUCUCAGUGUGUUGAUCUCUGUGCCGUUUCUAGUGAUAGGAGGAGCAGCUGUCAUUUACUGCAUUCACAGAGCUCACAAAAAAGCAAGAAUGGAGACCGGCAAGAUAAAUGUGGAAAAUAAUUUGGAUGAUCACAAUUCAACAUAUGGUAUUCUGCAGAGAAAAUAUGAUGCUGAGGAAAUGUAUGGAACUAUUGGCGACAGACCAAAGGACCAAUAGAAUGUGGUGAAAUUUUCAUCACUAAACCCUGUUUGCAACUCAACAUUAAAUUAUUCUGUUACGUUGUCUUUUUUACAUUUAUGCAUUUGAUAGAUGCAGAGUUUUGCCACUAGAUGUUGCUGUUGAAUGCUGUGCUUGUGUACUGUGUUCCACCGUUCAUAUUCCCUUUCCUUUUGUCAAAAUAUUCCAUCUAUACAUGAAACUGCUUUGAAACAUUACAGAUUUUAGUUUUUAGACGAUUUUUUUUUCGUUCUUUGUUUAGUGAAGAAGUACGCAGUUCUUCUAAAAGAUAUUCAUGGAUUCUGUCAGCAGAACAAGUCAAAUAAAAGCAUUUUUAAAAGGAUUUUGUCCAUUCAU